UAAAAAGUCUUUGCACCUAUAUGUGUGUGUGCGCGUCAUUUUAGAGCGUGAAUUUUCGAUUCGUUAAGAACUGAAAGCCGGCUCAGCGGGAGGUAAAUUUUGCGUACGCGUGAGAUGUGAGGAAAUGCCGCGCCGGCAGCUGCCAUAUCGAUGUCGACAACUUCAACGCCAACAGCAGCAGCAGCAGAAGCAACUAAAAGUAUCGCAAACCCCAGCAACAUAAUUAAAUAAUUGCCAACAGAUCGAUCUCCAUCUGAUAAAUUAAGUGUAAAGUGAGUGAGUGAUUGAGUGAACGCAGUGUAGAGCUUCGGAGCGUUCGAAAAAUUAAAUAAUAACAUUGGCAGGCAAAUCCAUAAAAGGAAUACACACAAUUAACAAAAAGUUCUUUAAUCGAAAUAUUGCAACCAAUCGAAUAAAUUAAAUUUCAACGUGCUGCAAAAAUGAAGCGGCGCAAUGCGGAUUGUGGCAAAUUACGUCGCCCAAUGAAGCGGAACAAAAUCACAGAGGGCAUGUAUGGCAGCACAACUGUUUUAUACAUGAAAUUUCUAAUACUUUGGGCCAUUGUGAUGGUGGCCGACUUCAUGUUUAUGUUCCGAUUUGAAUUCCUAUGGCCUUUCUGGCUGCUGCUACGCUCCGUGCAUGACUCCUUUAAGUAUAAGGGCUUGGCAUUUUCUGUGCUAUUCGUGUGCAUUGCAAUAACAUCGGACCUGGUGUGCUUGUUCUUCAUACCCGUACAUUGGCUGCUCUUUGCGGCCAGUACGUACGUCUGGGUGCAGUACGUCUGGCAUACAGAUAAGGGCAUCUGUUUGCCAACUAUCAUAUUAUGGAUGUUGUUUGUCUACCUGGAGGUGGGCAUACGAUGGAAAGACAGUCGUCAUAUGCCACAUUUGGAUCUAUGCCGACCGUUUGCCGCGCACUGCAUUGGCUAUCCAGUGGUUACGCUCGGCUUUGGCUUCAAAAGCUAUGUUGGCUAUCGUAUGCGCCAGCGCAAGCAGCGCGAGGUUGCAAAAGAGAAUGAGUUUUAUAUGCAGCUGUUGCAGCAGGCGCUGCCAGCUGAGGAGGCUACCGAUGAGGCACAAAUAGCAGGCGCGACAGCGGUGACCGUUGCAACCAACGGUGCAGUGGUUGUGCCCAAUGGCACUGGCGGCGCGCCGGCAGCGCUCACCACAUCGUCCACAUCCCAGGCGAAUGGUAUUUUGGCAACUGCAACGCAAGCACAAAAUCAUCACGAGCAUCAUCACAGCGGCAGCGGAGGCGGCGGCGGUGGCACCAGCAGCAGUGCCAGCAAUAGCAAUCAUCAUCAUCAUCACCAUCACAACAACAAUAAUAAUAACAACAAUAACAACAGUAGCAGCAGCAACAGCAUCAGCAAUCAUCACACCAAGGAUAACACAACUAGCGACAGCAGCACAUCGACUGCGACAACGGCAGCAGCAGUAUCGGCUGCUGCAGCAGCCACAUCAUCGCCAGCAUCAUCGUCAUCGUCCACAAACACAUCAGCCUCUGCGACAGCUAGGCAAUCAAAUUCAACAACAUUAGCAGCAGCGACAACAACAGCAACCUCAAAUGGUCAUGUUGGCGGUGGCUCAAGAAAUCAUCGGCGUAGCAUGGACAAGGACAAGCAUCGCAAUAAAAGCGAUGCAGGCGACACUGAGCACAAUAAUGGCACGCGUGGUGGUAAAAAUAGUAACAGUAACAGCAACAGCAACAGCUAUCACCAAGUGGAUGGCAAUGCAGCUACAACAAGUAGUAACAGUAAGGAGAAGUCAGACUGGGAUAGUGGCAAUAGCAACUAUCAACAACAACAACAACAACAACAACCAAAGGACAAACAGGACAAAAAGACGCACAAUGCUGUCAGCAAUGGUAACGUCCUGCAGUUCGAAACAGAUGAGGCACCGGUCGUGGAAUCAGUGCCUCAGGUAGAGAAGGCGCCGAAAGGCCGUCGGAAUCGCGGUAAGAAGGAUAAUUCAGCCAAAGACAAUCAUAGCCAGCAGCAGGCGCAACAUAAGGAGGCUGCAGCCACAGCUGCACCUGCUGCCGCGGCAACUGCCACCAACAGCAGCAACAAUAACAACAACAACAACAACAACAACAACAAUGAUGCAAGCUCCGUUUCGUCGUCAACCAGCUCAUCGUCGAGCAAUGCCGCCGCUGCCGCCAUCUCGCACAUAGCCAGCAAAGUUGUAUCCAAGAUAUGCGAAACAUGUCUAAAGCUAGAGGCAGAUGUCAAGAAAUAUCGUGCCGAGAUUAGCCACAUGAAGCAAAUCGAGAACGAACUUCGCCAGAAGCUGGACGUCAAUCUAACCAGCAAAUCCAGUUUGCAGGCCAAACAGAAGGAGUGCGAUGAGCUUGAGAAGCGCAUACAGGAGCUUAACAAUGCACGCCAUGCAGACAUGCUCAGUUUACAGACCGUGGAACGUCGUCUGAACGAGGAACGCCGCCAAAAGCAAUCUCUUGACGCUCAGCUGGCCAACGAAAAGAAGGCACGUAAAACUGCCGAGGAGAAAGCGGCACGUCCUGAGUGUAGCGCCCAAUGCAAGCAGCGUCGCCAGCAAAUCGACGAAGAGUUGAAGCGCGUGCGCAAUGAACUCAAACAGACCGACGAUGCUUGGAAGCUGGCCGUGGAUCAUGGUCGCAAAUUCGAGCAGGAGUAUCAUAUGCUGGAACUUAAGGUGCAAAAUCGCGAGUCCACGCAGGCGGAUGCUGAAAUGCUUAUGAAUGCACUGGCUACUAUGCAGGAGAAGAACACAACGUUGGAGAAGAAUCUAUCCGCAGAGACGAGAGUUAAGCUGGACUUAUUCUCGGCUCUGGGCGUGGCAAAGCGCCGGCUAGAAAUAGCUGACAGUCAACGUCGGUCCAAGGAGGAUGAGGUCAUUGAUCUCAAGGCCAAGAUAGCACAGCUGCUGGCUGUUAUGCCGGAUACGCUAUGCCUGAAUACGGGGCCGCAUGGUAGUGGAAGCAUGCUGCGCAUGAACGAUACACCUCCGCUACAAUCGGGCGGACCGGGCCCGUCCUCGCCCAUGCUCAGUUUGGGUGUUGCGCAAGAUUAUCAACAGCACCAACAUCAACAACAUCAACAGCACCAGCAGCACCAGCAACAUCAACAGCUUCAGCAGCACCAGCACCAGCAACAGCAACAGCAGCAUCAACAGCAGCAUCAACAGCACCAACAGCAGCAGCACCAACAGCAGCAGCACCAACACCAGCAGCAGCAGCAACAGGUUGUGCCCGUAUCUCAGCAGCAGCAACAGCAAAUGGUGCCUGUGAGUGUGGCUGCAGCGCUUCAUGUAGUAGCCGGCAAUGUGGUUAACGGAGGUGGAGGCGGCGGCCUCUCGACGCUGGAUCCAAAUGCUAGCGUCUAUACGCCCAAGACAGGCAACAUGAUGGUGGUGCCGCCGGUGAAAAUGAAUCCCAAUGGUGCGGAUGCCUGACGCCAGCAGCACCAACAGCAGUCAUCGGCGUUAUCGUCAGCGACUGUGUCAUCCUCGCAUCAGCUAUUGAGACGACAAGUAUGAGAUUAUUAUAAUUUAUAUGAAACGUAACAGCAAACAGCAUCAGCAUAAGCAUCAGCAACGGCAACCGAACGAUUUAGACUACAGUAGUCAACAGAAGACAAAUGGGAGCAGUUUGCAUAUGAUAUAAAGAAUGUCCGAACUAAGCAUAAGAAGUUUCCUUUAACAAAUCCACACAACUACAACAGUAUCACAUCGAUGUACACCCAUUUUCAAUUUCCAUAACACACAAUCGAAGCAGAGAUACAUUUCACAACAGAAGUUAGUUGAUUGUUUUCCAAAUUCCACACAGUAUGAAUGCCCCCAGUUAUAUGCUUUUAUUUUUGACUUAUCUCAAAAUGACUCGAAAUGUCAUUAAACUUAAUUAAACUAAAAUCCAAACAUUUUAAGCAUGUUUGAAGCAAAAAAAAAAUGGAAAUUGUUUUCCAAAUUCCCAACUGAGAAUUUAGUUAUCUGUAAAUGAAAUGUUCGCAUCCA